AUCAGUCGACCGCCGACAUCAGCCGCGCUUCGUUGUGGUCGUGUCGUGAGGCGCGCGCGAGUAGUUCCGUGUCAAACAGAGGGGUGAAGAAAAGAAACCUUUUUUUUCUCUGUUCUGCUCUGGCUCUCCCUCACUCUGAUUUGAAGUCGGACGGGGAGUGCAGCAGCAAGCAACAGAAUUCAACCAGUAAUUAGACGGGUACGAAGGGUGGUGAAAAAGUGAACUUUUCAAGUGCAUUUUGACCAAGAAAUUGAAGACCUGGGCUGCUUGGAUUGGAGAAAGCGCAGUUUUGAAAGGAUUUUCCUGCCAGCAGAUUGUGGGUGGCUUGUUUUUCUUCUCUGUCGAGAAGCCGCCAAAGAACAAGAAGAAACACGACGAGUUUGCACGAGAGAAAGAAAAAUCACGCAAAUUUAAAGAGCCCCCCGACUUGCGCUGCUAAAUACGCAAUGGGAAAUUCUUGUGCGUGAGGCGUAAAUUCAGGUGUUUCCAAUUUGAAGCGUCCAAGUUGGCGAGGAAGAAGCAAAACUGCAUUCCAGCUUGGAGUUGUGAGAAGAAAAAGUGACGUCUCAGAGCAACGCAAACUUUUCCCGAAAAAGGGCAAAAUUGAUUACGCGACGAAGACAAGCCUUCUUGGAUAGCGGAGAACGACGACGACGACGACUUCUGAAAGUGAAAUCUUUGAGUUUUGUUUGAUUCCAACAGGAACGAUAGUUGCUAACGUGGCAGAAAUCUUUUGAGAGAAAAAAAGAUUCAAUCCCCCCCACCCCGGGUCAGCUUCUUUCGAAUAAAUUAAGCAAAAAAAAAGAACACAAAAAAUAGUGUAGGUGGAAAAGUAGCGACAUUAUAAUACAUGCAUGUAGGCACGAAUAAAGGCGGCGACCUGCUCCUACACCUCUUCUAGUGGCGGCGAAAUCUCCGGCAGAGCGAAAAAAAGGUUAACAAGAUGCAACGGUGUCCACGACCACAACUAGCCGUCGAGUGAAUCCGCCGCACGAACUUGCCGUGCAACAGAGCCGUUUCGUGCGCGCCCCAAUGUCCAGGGUUCAGAAAUAACCUCCCAAAUGCUAAUUACGACGACGACCACAACAAUGAGCCGGACGGCGACGACUGGUAGCAGCAGCAGCAGCGGGACUGUCCUUGAAAGCAGGAGUGGCAAUCAAAUCUAAACGAUCUGGAAGAGAGAGAGAGAGAGGGAGAAGGGUCGAAGGACACGCACGCCUCCCUGCUUAAGUAGGGAAAGGUCAACGACGAAGAAAGGCGCUUUUCCUCGAGCAGCAAGAAGAAAGGCAUAGAUUAAGGCGUACGUAAUCCGUCAGCCAGCGGUGCUGGAAAUAGCAUUGGCCUAGUAUUAUUAUUUUUCGUUGUUGUUCUCCGUGUUGGACAUCGACAGCUGAGAACACCCGCUCGGCCGUCAUCGUCACCUCUGCUCUGGUCGCGCUGGCACUUUUCCGGAGAAGUUUUGUCGUGCUCCCGAUGUUUGGACAGAGAAACGACAGGAUGGAUUUGAACAACGAGAACAUUCAGUCCGCCUCGGAGAUCAUCGAGAACCGGCUGUACUUUGUGGCGUUCAAGAAGGACUUUAAGCCGCGCGGUACCUCCAACACGCACUACUUCUCCAUCGACGAGGAGUUGGUGUACGAGAACUUUUACAACGACUUUGGUCCGCUGAACAUCUGCAUGCUGUACCGGUACUGCCAGAUGCUGAACGAGAAGCUCCGGCUGGCGCAGCACGCCAAGAAGAAGAUCGUCCACUACACCUCGGUGGACGCGUCCAAGCGCCUCAACGCGGCGUACCUCAUCGGGGCUUACUCGGUGAUCUACCUGAAGCGCACCCCGGACGAGGCCCUCAAACCGCUCACCUCCGGCUGCAACGUGCUCACGUACACCAAGUUCUGCGACGCGUCGUACGUGUACUCCGGCUACCGGAUAUCCCUGUACGACUGCAUCCACGCGAUCGCCCGGGCGCUCGAGGCCGGCUUCUUCAGCUUCGACGACUUUGACUCCCAGCAGUACGAGCACUUUGAGCGCGUCGAAAACGGCGACUUCAACUGGAUCGUGCCGGACAAGUUUCUGGCGUUCUGCGGACCGCACAGCAAGAGCCGACUGGACAACGGCUACCCCAUUCACGCCCCCGAGACGUACUUUGAGUACUUUCGCAAGCACAACGUGACCACCAUCAUCCGGUUGAACGUGAAGAUCUACGACGCGGCGCGGUUCACCAGCGCGGGCUUUACGCAUCACGAUCUGUUCUUCGUGGACGGGAGCACCCCGAACGAUGCCAUCCUGAAGAAGUUUCUGACGAUCUGCGAGCAGGCGGACGGCGGGAUUGCGGUACACUGCAAAGCCGGCCUCGGCCGCACCGGCACCCUGAUCGGGGCCUACCUCAUCAAGCACUACAACUUUAGCGCGCUGGAGGCGAUCGCCUGGCUGCGGCUGUGCCGGCCCGGCUCCGUAAUCGGCCACCAGCAGCAGUGGAUGCUGAGCAAGGAGGCGUCGCUGAUGAACGAGGGCAACGCGUACCGCAAGCGGCACGGCAUCAGCCGAACGCCGAUCCGGCACGAGUUUGGCAUCUACAGCAUCAAGCAGUUUGCGGCCAUCGACGAGGAGACGCCGACGCCGCCGCCGCCAGCGGUGGCCGUCAAUCGGAACAGUCUUUCGACGUCCAACUCUUCAUCGUCGUCGUCCUCGUCGGGUUCGUCCGUCUGCUCGUCGGUGGCGUCGUCUACGACGACCACUCCGAUCGCCAGCAAGCUGCCGGACACGGCCGCCAACAACCGCGUCCAGCUGCUGCUGAAGGAGCGCGUGCGGGGCAUCUCGCACAAGGUCGACACGAUGCGGCUGAACGACGAAGAGGAACUGCAGAGCAACCAGCUGAACAACAACUGUGAGGGUGGGACGACGACGACGGAGCGAACGGUUGCGUUGGCGAUUGACGUGGUUGACGCUCCGGUGGAGUCGCGGAAGGCGCUCGUUCCGGACACCAAGUGUGCGACGAUUCCCGUGACGCGUCGCUCGAAAACGGUUCGCACCAGCCGGUUGAUUACGCUGGAGCAGUCUCAGCAGACGCAGGGCGACAAGCUGAACCAGAUCAAGGCGAUGCGGCGGCGGCCGUCCAGGUCGGCCAACAUAAUCACGCAGUGCGCCGGUGACCCGCGAACCCUCGCCGCUGCAAGUGCCACUGUGCAAGCCAAUAAUCUUUUGAAUCAAAUCGCCUCAUCCAAACUCACCGCCGUCGCUUCACCGUCGGAAGUUCCACAACCACUACCGCCAACGGAUACGUCCGACGGAGUUCCUGUGCCACCUGUUACCACAAGUCCGGCGGCGACGAGUACAGGCAGUAGGGCGGCGGCGCAAAAGGCAGAGGAAGGGGUGAAGCAGAUAACGACGACAACUAACAAUCUAGCGAAUACAGCGAGCACUACCACGAGUACUGCGAAUGUGGCGGCGACGACGGGAGGUGGAGGACCGGGAGGUGGCGGAUGCAAUAUGGCCAACGUGGUGCUGCAAUGUCCCGCCACCAGGCAGAAUCAUCGGCUGUUUAGUAAGAGGUCCGUUUCGGCCAGCCAGCACGUCCAGCAGCAAAAGAACAAGAAAAACGUACAAAACACGGCGGAAGCCAUCCUGCAACAGCACCAGCACUGCACCACCAUCACGACAACGGUGACGGCCACGACCACGACAACCACCGGCGGCUGCGGAACCACGUCCAGCGUCAAGCUCACCGUCAAGGACGAGGUCAAACCGCGGGCGUCGGUCCGAACGGUGCGCAACAACAGCCUGGACAGCUACCAUCACCACUAUCAGUUCAUCAACAUCCCGAACAUCAUCACGUACAAGCGGGGCCGCUCGAAGAUUCCGGCCUCGGCCCGGCUCCGGUCCAGCAUGGCUCAGCAGGACAGCUCGAAGGCAAGCGGUGGCGGGACGGCGAAGCCGGAUGGCGACGAGACAACGGCGGCCAUCCAGCUGAUACUGAACAAGCCGAUGACGCGCCGGAUGAGGAAUGCGGGCGGUGGAACCGCCCCUCCGCAGCUGAUCUCCGCCGGUACGGGUGCUCCAGGUGCGGCAGCUGCCGCCGCAGCCGCCACGGACGAGCUGAAUGGGAAUGGAGGAGGAAUCUCACGAACGCUUCCGCUGAGCGGAGACGACCACCGGAACAACAACGGCGACAUCAACCUGGAGCUGACCAGUCUAGCGGCGGCAGGAACAACCGCCGCCGCCGCCACCACCACCAUCAAGCGCAACAAACGAUCUCGCAGCAGUACAAAGAUUGAGAAGGAGAAGAACGACGAAAAGGGCAGCAAAGUGCUGCGCAAGAACGGGGGCGUCGUCGCGACCAGCGGGAUUCCGGUGGCCACCAAGCUGGCCGGGGACGUCUCCAAGGGGGUUAGCAGCGAAAGUAUUACCUCGGCGGCCAGCACGCCGACGGCGAGCCUUACGCGGAACACCUUCAGCAGUAGCUCGCUGAACCGGAAGGCUGCUGCGGCGGCGUCGGCGGUCAAGGGGACGGCGGAACCUUCCGGUGGUGGUAGCAAUUCGCUCAAGGCGCGAAAAAAGUAGAGCGCUUCGUAGUGCGUGGUAGAUGCAAUUUUCUGUAAUCAUCGCUUGUUUUAACACUUUUUUAGGUUUUGUUUUUUCUUGGCAAUCUUGCAGAAUCCCGGUUUCUGUGAUGUGAUUUUUCGUACAUUUUUUUGUUUAUAUCUCUUAAAACUAUUGUGAUUAACCACAAUUUACACAGACACAAGUUUUGUUUGGUUAACAAAAUCGAAUCGAAGCUAUCGCAGUGCGAUAAAAACUAUUUACUAAGACGAAACUGUUACUAAUAGUUAUUUUGUUUGUCACUCAAGAUUAAAUUUAUGCAAUGAAUUAUACACUAAUCAAAACGGAAACUUCCCCUCUCUUAGCAUUGCCGUAGAUCGUUUGCAGCUCAUUUUUUUUGGGAUGAAUUAGUUCAGUAUCUGAAAGCUUUGGAACAAGUAUGACUGGUUGUGAGUGAUUCUGUUGGUCUGGAAGGGUGAGCGCUUGAUUUGCUUAUAUUUUUCCGCUAGAAAACGCCUUUAAAACAAUGCAUGGCUGCUACAUUCAGGUAAUGGUUUGAGCAAAGUACGCUGCUCGUAAGGAAAGGGGUCAAGAAAGUUGAAACCUUAUAGAAUUUGCCUUCUCUUUUAUUCUGCUGUUCGUUAAGCUUUUUCUUGACCCCGUUCCUUGGGAAGUCCGUACUGGCCCGCUUGAUGAUUUUCCAGAAUAAAACACAUUUUGGAAAUGCCCUUCAAACUUGGCCUACCAAAUGCAUCCUCUUCAAAUUUGAAGGACAUUCAUGCAGGAAGUUAUCGUCCGUCCCAGAUUUUGCUGAUUAGUUGAUGCAACAUUCAAGGCAAGGGAAUUUGAGAACCUCAACUUUUUCAACACCUCGAAAUCGUCUAAGUUCCACUCACCUCUAAAUUCUGUCCGGCAAAACAACAGAAAAUUGACAUUUAAGCUUUGAUUUCCCAGGUGUCUCAAUAACUUCACUUUCUAGCAAGUAAUUUUCUUCAAAACUGGGCCGUAAUAGUAUCAACAUCAAAAGUCUCAACCUUUUUUCCGAAGUAAACACUGCAGUUUCAAACACAUUUUCCACCUGUACUUCUUGACGUUUCUCUCCACCGGAAACAGCCUGCUGUCAUCGUCGCGCGGACGCGAGCGUUGCCAGAUGUGCGCGCGAUGACGUUUCGAACGAAGCAGUUUGACGAGGGGUGUUUGGUUUCGUGAAAAGUUUUUAACCCAACUUUGGGUAACUUGGGCAGAAAAAUUCGAGGUGUGUUUUGUUCUUGGGUUCGCGGCUUAUGUAAAAAAGGUUAAUUAGGUUUAAUUCGUACAAAAUAUAAGUGGUUCUUCUAAAAAGAUUGAAUAGCUAUUUGAUAUUUUAAUUGCG